AUGGCUCUGGCCGUCGCGCCGCCCAACGAUCGGAAGCGGGUCAAGGUAUACGAGCUCAGAGAUAAUGACUGGUUCGACAGGGGAACCGGUUUCUGUACCGGCCAGAUUCUCGAUGAUGAACCCCGGAUAUUCGUCGAGUCGGAAGACCAGCCGGAGCGGAUGCUCCUGGAGACCAGGAUCACCAAAGAUGAUUCGUAUCAGAAGCAACAAGAAACUCUGAUCGUGUGGACGGAGCCCAAUGGCACUGAUAUGGCAUUGAGUUUUCAGGAGGCAGAAGGUUGCGCAGCCAUCUGGGAUUUCGUGAAUAGCGUGCAGCAUCAUCUUCUGGCCAUAGCAGGAGCAGAUGAUGCCCUGUCCGACGAUGCUCUAGAUCACUUCAACCCGACCAUGCUUCCGCCGCCUGAACUGGGAAAUCUUCCAGAAAUCGAACAUAUGAUGAGAGUAGCCAGUGUCUCGCAAGCUGGCCGGGACGCCUUAUCCAAAUUCAUCAUCCGUGACGACUACGUUCCGAAGCUGGUACCCCUGGUGACCGUCGCAGAGGACUUGGAGAGUCUCAUAGAUCUUCAUCGGCUAUGCAAUAUCAUGAAAGCUCUGAUCUUGCUGAACGACAACACCAUAAUCGAGACAGUCGUGGCGGACGAUAUCAUCUUGGGGGUGGUCGGGGCCCUGGAGUACGACCCUGAUUUCCCCGCUCACAAAGCAAAUCACCGGCAAUAUCUGUCAGACCAGUCCCGGUUCAGAGAAGUGGUUCCGAUCAAAGAUCCCGCCAUCCGAAGGAAGAUCCGACAUACAUGGCGAUUGCAAUAUUUGAAAGAUGUCGUGUUGGCUCGGAUAUUGGACGAUCCGACAUUUUCCGUUCUAAACUCUCUGAUUUUCUUCAACCAAGUCGACAUUGUGAAUCAUAUUCAGUCCAACGGACUCUUUCUCAAAGAACUCUUCUCGGUGUUCGAUCCGCGAAACAGUGAUGCGAAACGGAAAGACGAUGCCGUGCAAUUCCUGCAUCAAUGUGCCUCAAUUGCGAAGAACUUGCAGGCGGCGGCGCGUGCGACACUCUUCGCCAACUUCAUAAGUCAUGGAUUGUUCGCGGUCAUCGCUUUCGCAGUGAAGCACCCGAAUCCCGCGAUGCGCACGACUGGGAUUGAUAUCCUGGUAGCGCUGCUUGAUCACGAUCCGAUUAUGAUGCGUGGUUACAUGUUGAAGGCUGUGAACGAGAAGAAGACGCCACUCACGGAUACCUUGAUCGAACUGCUUCAUAUGGAGACGGAUCUCGGCGUCAAAAACCAGCUAGCAGAUGCUAUCAAGGUUCUGCUUGACCCUCAGAUUCCUCCUCAGGACCCGAUGAGCAGGACAGGCUCUGAUUUCCUAGCGAAGCUGCGUCCUUCAAAUCCGAUUCCAGACGCCUUUGUGCAAAAUUAUUUUGACGAAUCUGCUAAGAAGUUGUUUUCGCCUUUGAAGCGGCUUGAAACUCGCACCAACUUUAACGACCUCACGUUCCAAGAAGUCUCACUUUAUUCGCAUCUUGUUGAUAUCCUCACUUUCUUCGUUCGCCAGCAUCUAUUCCGGAGCAGAAAUUUCAUCCAUGAAGAAGCCCUGUCUCCCCGCGUUGCACAGCUCUUGACUGUGCCGCAGAAGCACCUCAAACUGACUGCCCUCAAAUUCUUCCGUACCUUGGUCAGCCUCCAAGACACCUUCUAUCAGGCGCAAAUGACCCAUAACAACACCUUUGGAUUAAUCCUAAAUAUCGUCUAUGAAACGAUGCCCCGUGAUAAUCUUCUGAAUUCCGCCUGCUUGGAACUGUUCGAAUACGUCAAGAGAGAAAACAUCAAGCCUAUUAUUCUUCACGUCGUUGAGAAAUACCGAGACAAACUCAACAACAUCACCUAUGUGGACACGUUCCAGAACCUUAUAGUCCGCUACGAACAGAUGCAAGGCUACGGCGCAGAGGGUGAUUCCUCGUUAUUCAGUCAUGAUGAGGGGACAUCAUCCCAGCGCAGUCAGAUCAAUGGCCAACGCUGGCAGGGCGUCCGGGAGAUGGACGCUGCAGAGGAGGCAUACUUCAAUACUUCAGACGACGAGGAAGAAUGGCAACAGGAGAAUCAGCCAGGAGCUAUUGUCGCCGGCCAGCCUGCGAAUGGCUCCGCCUCGCCUAUUGUGAAGCCCCUUGUCGACUAUCCCGAUGACGAUGAUGAAGUUAUGGACACGAAAACAGAACCAAGCGAAGAGAAACAGGCGCCGACGACAGCGGCCUCUAAGGAGUUAGCGGCUUCGUCCGAAGCUCCUGUGACCCCCGUUUCAACUCCUCCCCAGACUCCACCUGAGAGGAUCUCGGAGAAGCGUCGUCGCCAAGAUGAAGAAGACGACGAACUGGUCAAGCUAUCAUCUGGUCCAAAGCGACGCAGCUCAAGUGCGUCAUCAAUUGGCAGCUCCGGAUUUUUGCGGCGAAGGAAGAGCUUUUCGACUGGAUCGAUCACGGUCGAGGAUAGAGGAGUAUCGUCCAACGAGCAAUCUAUAAGCAACACGGCGCCCAGAAAGAUAGCCAUCAAUCUCGGCCAAUCGCGGAAUAAAGCGUCUACGCCGGACAAGGACCAAGCCGAAGCAGGCGAUACACAGGGAAAGGAAAACACUACUGAAGGCCGGCGUGUGGUUACCGGCUGA